GCGGGCUGAAUGACAGCAGCGAGGACCAAUCACAAUGGCGGGCUGGUUUCCAGCCGGCGGCGUGGGUGGCGCGAAGGCAGCAGCGAGGCUGGUUGUGCCGGCGGGACUGGGCAGUUCUGUGUUGCCCUCCCAAAAUGGAAUCGACACUGACAGGUAGCCAGAUCCGGCAACGAUUCAUUGAUUUCUUCAAAGAGAACCAACACACCUAUGUGCACUCAUCUUCAACUAUUCCCUUAGAUGAUCCUACACUGCUCUUUGCCAAUGCUGGUAUGAAUCAGUUCAAGCCCAUCUUCCUCAAUACCAUUGACCCCUCCCACCCCAUGGCUAAACUGAACAGAGCUGCCAACACUCAGAAGUGCAUCCGAGCUGGGGGCAAACACAAUGACCUGGAUGAUGUUGGGAAAGAUGUCUACCACCACACCUUCUUUGAGAUGCUUGGGUCCUGGUCAUUUGGAGAUUAUUUCAAGGCACUGGCUUGUAAACUGGCUCUUGAGCUUCUUACCAAGGAGUUUGGCAUCCCCAUUGAAAGACUCUAUGUCACUUACUUUGGUGGCAAUGAAGCUGCUGGAUUAGAGCCAGACCUUGAGUGCAAGCAGAUCUGGCUGGAUCUGGGACUGGCUGAGAACAAGAUUCUGCCUGGCAGCAUGAAGGACAACUUUUGGGAAAUGGGAGACACAGGCCCCUGUGGUCCCUGUAGCGAGAUUCAUUACGACCGUAUUGGGAACAGGGAUGCCUCGCACCUUGUCAAUCAGGAUGACCCCAAUGUCCUGGAGAUCUGGAACCUGGUGUUCAUACAGUUUAAUAGAGAGGCUGACGGGACCCUCAAACCUCUUCCCAAGAAGAGUAUUGAUACUGGAUUGGGCCUUGAGAGGCUGGUGUCUGUGCUGCAGAACAAAAUGUCAAACUAUGACACUGAUCUCUUCAUCCCCUACUUCGAAGCCAUUCAAAAGGGCACUGGUGCCAGGCCAUACACAGGGCAGGUUGGUGCUGAGGAUAUGGAUGGCAUAGACAUGGCAUAUCGAGUGCUGGCUGACCAUGCUCGAACAAUCACAGUGGCCCUCUCUGAUGGGGGGAGACCAGACAACACUGGCAGAGGAUAUGUUCUGAGACGGAUUCUUCGCCGGGCCGUGCGCUACUCUCAUGAGAAGCUCAAUGCCCCCAAGGGCUUCUUUGCCACAUUGGUUGAUGUUGUCGUGCAGUCUCUGGGUGAUGCAUUUCCUGAACUAAAGAAGGACCCGGAUAUGGUGAAGGAUAUCAUCAAUGAGGAGGAGGUUCAGUUCUUGAAAACUCUGAGUAGAGGGCGUCGUAUCCUGGACAGGAAAAUUCAGAGUCUGGGAGACAGUAAAAUUAUUCCUGGUGAUACUGCUUGGCUGCUGUAUGAUACCUACGGCUUCCCUGUGGAUCUUACUGGACUCAUUGCAGAAGAGAAGGGCCUUGUUGUGGACAUGGAGGGCUUUGAGUAAGAGCGGAGAAAUGCUCAGCUGAAGUCUCAGGGGAAGGGAACUGGUGUAGAAGACCUCAUCAUGCUGGACAUUUAUGCCAUUGAAGAGCUAAGGGCCCAAGGCCUGGAAGUGACUGAUGACUCGCCUAAAUACAGCUACACUUCAGAUCCCAGUGGUGCCUAUGAAUUUGAGAACCUCAUGGCCACAGUGAAGGCAAUUCGCAGGGAAAAGACCUUUGUGGAGGAAGUGUCCACAGGCCAGGAGUGUGGAAUAGUUCUGGACAAGACCUGCUUCUAUGCUGAGCAAGGAGGGCAGAUUUAUGAUGAGGGCUACCUGGUCAAGGCUGAUGACUGCAGUGAGGAUAAAAUGGAGUUCACGGUGAAGAAUGUACAGGUCCGUGGGGGCUAUGUGCUUCAUGUAGGAACAGUCUAUGGGAGUUUGAAAGUUGGAGACCAAGUCCAUCUAUAUGUUGAUGAGCCUAGGCGGAGACCUGUCAUGAGCAACCACACUGCCACCCACAUCCUCAACUUUGCCUUGCGCUCUGUGCUAGGAGAGGCUGACCAGAGAGGGUCCCUGGUGGCCCCAGACAAGCUGCGAUUUGACUUCACUGCCAAGGGAGCCAUGUCCACGCAGGAGAUCAAGAAAACUGAAAAGAUUGCUAACCAAAUGAUAGAGGAAGCCAAGACUGUGUAUGCCAAAGAUUGUCCCCUGGCAGCAGCUAAAGCUAUUCAGGGUCUUCGGGCUGUGUUUGAUGAGACGUACCCUGAUCCUGUCCGUGUUGUCUCAAUUGGAAUUCCUGUGGAUGACUUGCUGGCAGACCCCUCUGGUCCUGCAGGCUCUGUCACUUCUGUCGAGUUCUGCGGAGGGACACACCUGCAGAACUCCAGCCAUGCUGGCCCUUUUGUGAUUGUGUCUGAGGAAGCAAUUGCUAAAGGUAUCCGGAGAAUAGUUGCAGUCACUGGAGCUGAAGCACAGAAGGCACUCAGGAAAGUGGACAGCCUCAAGAAAUCACUCUCUGCCCUGGAUGCCAAAGUAAAGGUACAGACAGCUCCCAACAAGGAAGUGCAGAAGGAGAUUGCAGACCUCAGUGAGACACUGGCUACUGCCAUUAUCCCACAGUGGCAGAAGGAUGAGCUGAGAGAGGCUCUCAAAGUUUUGAAGAAGGUCAUGGAUGACCUGGAUCGUGCAAGCAAAGCAGAUAUUCAGAAACGGGUGCUGGAGAAGACCAAGCAGUUCAUUGACAGUCACCCUAACCAGCCACUUGUAAUUCUGGAAAUGGAGAGUGGCGCUUCAGCAAAGGCCCUGAAUGAAUCUCUGAAGCUAUUCAAGACUCAUUCUCCUCAGACUGCUGCCAUGCUUUUCGCAGUAGAUAAUGAAGCUGGCAAGAUCACCUGCUUAUGCCAAGUACCUCAGGAAGCAGCCAACAAGGGCCUGAAGGCCAACCAGUGGGUGCAGGAAGUGUCAACACUGAUAGAUGGCAAAGGUGGUGGGAAAGAUGUCUCAGCCCAGGCAACAGGCAAAAAUGUUGGGUGCCUGCAGGAGGCUCUGAAGCUGGCCACGGACUUUGCUGAGCUCCGCCUUGGCGAGCUGAAGAACUGAUUCCAUGUCCCUGUGCUGGCUCGUUGCACAGGUAAGAAGCGAAUGCUGUCAACUCUCUCCUUUUCUCAUCAGCCUGGUCACCGGGCUCCCAUUCACUCUAGUGACAUCGCUGGAGACAAAGACGCUGCACAUCAUUCCUUCUGAAUCCCCUUGCUGAGGCAUUAACAAACUAAAAGAAGCAUCAUGGGUUAGAGAUCUAAACAAGGGAGAGAGAGAGACAGGGGCUUAGAAGUUGUAAUGCCAGCUCCAAUCUUGUUGUACGUCUGGGAAGUCUGUUCCUUGUCUGUAAAGUGAGGAUAAUGCUGACCUCUCUGCAAGGCCUGCAGUAAGGAUUGCACUAGCAGUUUGUAAAGUCUUCAGAGCACUGUUAUGAUGUGCUAAAUAUUAGUAAUAAAUACUGUCAGCCACAGAACGCAUCACAGCCAAGAGUCUGCAUACAAACUCCUGUCCACUUGUAACCACUGGAGGCAGGAGCCCUCUUCUGGAAAGUUGCUGGAAUCAAAACUGUCACCCAACUCCCUGACCUCUCUGUCGAUAACAUGGAAGCCCUUUACUCACUUUAUUGACAACAGUAAUAGUGUAUUUAAAUUAAUGUGAUGUAGGUGUACCUCACUGCCUUAGCUGAGCAAACCUACCUGUAUGAGGAAUAGGUUCAGUGUUAAUAAAGGCCAUCUGCAAUGUG